GAAUGAAUCUGUAGACACUCACGCUGCAACGAGCACUUCCCGUUAGCCGUUGGAUUUUACAAUUCAAUGGAAGAGCGAAGUGUCGAAGAGGCGAAUAGAAGUCAAAUCACGGGCGAGACCUGCGAUCACAUCGCCCACUUUGUUUCGUGUUCCUCUUCCAGUUCAACUCAGCAACAACAAGGUUCAAUCGAAGAAGUAGAAGCAGAAGCAGAAGAAAAAGAGGAAUUGAAGAGCCUGUUGGUGCCAAACGUGCGCGAUCUUCCUCUCACUCCUCCCUCCGCUGUUGAAUCUAACUUCGUUCCCUACUUCGCCCCAGACUUCAUCAAACCAGGACAUGAUCAGUACGUAUAUCGUCAUGCCAACGGGUUGUGCGUGAUUGGCUUGGCUCCUGCGCACCUGGCGUUCAAGGAUGAAGGGGGAGUUACAGCUGUUGAUUUCAAUGUGGGGAAAUCUGAUAGAAGUGGGAUUAAGGUGACUGGAAAACGGAAGAAGAAUGCGCAACAUUUUGAGUCCAACACAGCUUUGUGUAAAGUGUGCACCAAAGAUGCUUCUUUCAUUGUCAGGUGUUGUGUGAAAGGCUCUCUGCUAGAAGUGAAUGAUAGGUUGAUCAAGCACCCGGAAUUGCUUAAUUCAGCGGAUAUAUGUUCAUAUUUGUCCUUUGAAGGUCCUCUUUCCUUCUGUUUUCUUAUAAUCACAACUACAUUUUGGAAUUCACUUGAAAAAGGCAGAUAGAGAAGGAUACGUGGCAAUAAUCAUGCCAAAACCUGAUGAUUGGCUCAAGGCUAGGGCUUCGUUGCUUGGCUUUGAUGAGUACAAGAAAUUGAGAGAACUUCUUUGAUCCAUCCUAAGGAUUGCAUUAGAUUACCGAUACGUAAAUUAUUUGAUGGGGUAGCUCGAUGGGUUAAUGCUUCUAUUGUGUCAAUUUGUACUUUACCACGACAUAAGUUGUAAGAGUUUUCAACAAUUCAGUUCUGUACCAGCAGUUUGUUGUUGCAGAUUAUUGACUUAAUUCUAAUUGAAUUUGAGGUCAAUAAUGUGCGGUUCAAAUCAUUCCUUGGUAUUUAUUAACAAUCAAAUUGCUUGAAAUGUGGCACUUCUGCACAUAGCUGCAUAUGUAUAUGUUGGUAGCAAAAAAAUGUAUAUUUGGUAUCAAUUUGCAUGUCUAUCCAUCUGUCCUAACAAAGUAGCUUGUACUAGUCCCUGCCAGGCAAAUUGGUAAUUUUUUGCUC